GUCUCGGCCGAGCGCGGCUUGAAGCGCAGGACAGGGGGGUCCCGGGUCGCCCUCCCGGGGCAGCUCGGCGCUAGCUGUGAAGCGCCUGGCCCCAUCCCACCCCUGCGCUCUCUAUGUGAGGCUCCCGGAUGGCGAUAGACCGGCGACGCGAAGCGGCUGGCGGAGGCAGGCAACUGCCGGAGGAGAACGGGUCCCUGCCGGCCGGGGAGGCGGGCUCGGCGGCGGCUGCAACAGCGAUACUGGCGGUGGCUCCCCCAGCGCCCGCGGAGAUCCAGACCCUGCCGCCGCCCGCCGCCGGCUCCUGCAGCCCCCUGCUGCUGGACUACGAUGGCUCGGUGCUGCCUCUCCUCGGCGGGCUGGGCGGCGGGUACCAGAGGACCCUGGUGCUGCUCACUUGGAUCCCGGCCCUUUUCAUCGGCUUCAGCCAGUUCUCGGACUCCUUCCUGCUGGACCAGCCCGAUUUCUGGUGCCGGGAGGCCGACGGGCAGGGCAACGGGACGGGCCACUUGACCCGGGGCUCCGCUAACCACAGCCAGAGCAGCGGCGCCGGGAUGCUGGGGACUCCGGCGCUGCCCACUCUGCCGCCGGGAGACAACGCCAGCCAGUGCCACUGCCACGAGUGGCAGUACCGGAUCCGGGCCGGCCUCGUCCAGAACGUCGUGAGCAAGUGGGAUCUUGUUUGUGAAUCUUCCUGGAAAGUCCAUAUUGCUAAAUUCUCCCUACUGGUAGGCUUAAUCUUUGGCUACUUGAUAACAGGAUGUAUAGCUGACUGGGUUGGUCGACGGCCAGUGCUACUCUUCUCGGUCAUAUUCAUUCUUAUAUUUGGACUGACUGUGGCUCUCUCAGUAAAUGUGACAAUGUUCAGCACGCUCAGGUUUUUUGAAGGGUUUUGCCUGGCUGGAAUAAUCCUCUCCCUGUAUGCACUGCGAAUAGAACUCUGUCCUCCUGGACACCGCUUCAUGGUCACCAUGGUGGCAAGCUUCAUUGCAAUGGCAGGACAGUUCCUCAUGCCAGGGCUGGCUGCCCUCUGCAGGGACUGGCAGGUUCUCCAGGCGGUCAUCAUCUGCCCUUUCCUACUGAUGCUGUUUUACUGGGUUAUUUUCCCGGAGUCCCUUCGGUGGCUGAUGGCUACACUACAAUUUGAGGCAUCCAAGAAACUUAUUCUUCACUUCACUAACAAGAACGAGAUGAACAUUGAAAGUGAUAUCAAAGGAGUGAUGCCCGAGCUGGAGAAGGAGCUUACCAGGAGGCCCAAGAAGGUCUGCAUUGUUAAAGUAGUGGGAACCAGGAACCUGUGGAAAAACAUUGUAGUAUUGUGUGUGAACUCGCUGACCGGAUUUGGGAUACAUCACUGCUUUGCAAAAAGCAUGAUGGGUCAUGAAGCGAAGAUGACGAUCACCCACAAUUUCUAUGCAGACUACUAUACCAUGGCAGGGAUUGCUCUGGCAUCCUGCCUGGCUAUGUGCCCCGUCGUUGGGUUUCUAGGGCGAAGAGGAGGACUGCUGCUGUUCAUGAUUCUGACAGCUCUGGCAUCGCUUCUACAGUUAGGCCUUCUCAACUUGAUUGGAAAAUAUAGUCAACUUCCAGACUCAGGUAUGAGUGACAGCGUCAAGGACAAAUUCUCUACUGCAUUUUCCAUUGUGGGUAUGUUUUCAUCCCAUGCUGUUGGAAGUCUUAGUGUUUUCUUCUGUGCUGAAAUCACACCAACAGUAAUAAGGGGAGGUGGACUUGGACUUGUCCUGGCCAGUGCAGGCUUUGGUAUGCUGACUGCACCUAUAAUGGAGCUUCAUAACCAGAAAGGCUACUUUCUGCACCAUGUGAUCUUUGCCUGCUGUACGCUCAUUUGCAUCAUCUGUAUUCUUCUCUUGCCGGAGAGCAAGAACCAAAACCUGCCUGAGAACAUCCCAGACGGCGAACACUACACCAGGAAGCCCCUCCUGCCACACAAGAAAGGGGAGCAGCCCCUGCUUCUGACAAACUCUGAACUCAAGGAUUACUCUGGCCUCCACGAUUCAUCAGCUGUGGGCGACGGGGUGUCCGAGAAUACCACUGCCAAUGGGAUGUAACUGGGCAGAUUUUUUUUUGGGAGAAAGAGCACUUUGGGUGGGGGUGUUUUGCACGGAUUUGCAGACCAGUGAUGAAACAGAUGAAUACAUUGGGGGAAUUCAGCUCUGCUGCUAAAGCCCACUUAUUGUAGGAAUCUUCAACUGGUAUACAAAUUACUUUUGAAAAGUUAUGGGGGAAAUAACGAAUAUGAGAAAAGAAGUGGCCAGAGAUAACCCUUCCAAACUUUCUUUUCCUGGAAUUAAAUAUUUAUAUUUAUUUUGAUUAUCAUUUUAAAAAAGCACUUUACACCCUUUUCACUGAUCACAUGAAUGAAGCCAUCUUAUUUCAAGAGGUGCAGCCAUUCCAAAAAAGAAAUGGUGUGAUGUUUUUUGUUUUUGUGUUUUGUUAAAGGAAAGAGGUAUCUCUGCUGCAAAGUUAAAUCCACUGAAACUUAGGCUAGCGCAACAUUAGUUCUGCCUGUCCAGAAAGUCAGAUCCCCCAGGUUGCCUGCUCUGUUUGUACAAACAACAAAAAACCUGUUGUAAUUCAAAUUCUGACUGCAUUUUAUUUAGCGUAAAUUAGGUUUUGAUAGUGUCCCUGUAUGUAUUUAAAAGUUAUUUUCUAAAUUAAAGUAGAGUUGAUUUUUUACUGUAGUUAAAGCAAUCAGCAAAAUACUACACAAACUAGCUUAGUUUUUCAAUCAGCCCUAUACAUUUUAAAUAUCACAUUCGGCUCUUUUAGAGAUUUCUUGCAAGUGAUUAAUAAUAAUAUAAAUUGUAAUGAAUUGACCACCAGUGGUAAAAUUAGAUUUACCAAGAAUGGUUUUAACUAACAGGAGGUCCAAUAUCUGUAUCCUAGUGUUCCAGAGAAUAUUUUUGGUCAAAGGAGACAAAAUGUAGGAGUAUUGGCUACAAUCUGAAAUGCUUGCUCCAAAAGGGAGUUUAGCUGAAAUUUCCACUAGUUACAAGAGCUGUGACAUUGCAUGCCCUAACUGUUUAAUGCCUAUUCUUAUUUAAAUUUAUUUUAUUAGAAUAAAAGGGAAUGAAUUGAUUAUUUGAAUAAAUACUGAAGAUGGGGAAAAAAAGGAAGGGCUGUUUAAAAUGUUACUUAAGUAGAGGUCAAGAGGGCACUCCCUAUGAAAUGGAUCAUCUUUAAUUAUACAUUUUUAAAACCUCCUGUCCAAGCCAGAAUUGUGAUUACUAUAUAUUUUGCUGUCUCUUGUUUGCUAUUUCUGACCCAAGAAUUUACAAUGAACUUCCACCUUAAUCCCACCAAAAAUGUGCUUUUGUAGAUUCUC